AUGGACGUGGACGUGGACGUGGACGUGGACGUGGACGUGGACGUGGACGUGGACGUGGACGUGGACGUGGACGUGGACGUGGACGUGGACGUGGACGUGGACAUGGACGUGGACGACGUGGACGUGGACAUGGACGUGGACGUGGACGUGGACGUGGACGUGGACGUGGACGUGGACGUGGACGUGGACGUGGACGUGGACGGGACGUGGACGUGGACGUGGACGUGGACGUGGACAUGGACGUGGACGUGGACGUGGACGUGGACGUGGACGUGGACGUGGACGUGGACGUGGACGUGGACGUGGACGUGGACGUGGACGUGGACGUGGACGUGGACGUGGACGUGGACGUGGAUGGACGUGACGUGGACGUGGACGUGGACGUGGACAUGGACGUGGACGUGGACGUGGACGUGGACGUGGACGUGGACGUGGACGGACGUGGACGUGGACGUGGACGUGGACGUGGACGUGGACGUGGACAUGGACGUGGACGUGGACGUGGACGUGGACGUGGACGUGGACGUGGACGUGGACGUGGACGUGGACGUGGACGUGGACGUGGACGUGGACGUGGACGUGACGUGGACGUGGACGUGGACGUGGACGUGGACGUGGACGUGGACGUGGACGUGGACGUGGACGUGGACGUGGACGUGGACGUGGACGUGGACGUGGACGUGGACGUGGACGUGGACGUGGACGUGGACGUGA